GUUUCCUCAUAUUCAUUAAGGUACCUCACAUACAAUCACUUAUCAAAUGGAGUAAAGUCAGCCGGAUAUUAUAUGCCGUAUGGGGGCUAGGGCAAACUUUCGCCCAAUUUUAUCCGCACGAAUAUAUACUGUUAUAAGUAAAACAUGCUCGCUUAUUUUCAACUCACAUAUUGGCUGAUAUAUGCGAUCAUCCAGAAGUUCGAAAAUCUUUGUAUUACGAGUAUGUAUAUACUUGUUUAAGAGGGCUAAGAGAAGUAUUGGCCGGACUCAUGUCCUUUUCGAUAUCCAGACAUAUUAUUAUCAGAAAUAGAUUUUCUCCAAGUUUCUGAAAUAAAUCUCAUACAUUGGCCGAUAUAAAAGUCAAAUAUAGGAUAUAUUGGACCUUCUUACAGAUGCUGUUCACGGGCCCUAGUCUGGUGUCCGUGGAUAAGUCGCGUAGAACCACCAAGUCGAAAAUACAGUAGUGAAUAGAACUAUUGCACAACAAGAUAUUUUAACUUUAGCACUUUGCCACUUAUAAAAUAAGUUUUGAACACCAAAAACAAUGUUUAUUACAUUAUUUCGUAAAUUUGUCUGAGGUUGAAUGAACGGCUUACAAAAUGUCAUUGUACGUGUGUGCACAUCACUGGUGUAAUGCACUCAAGCACAUGUACUCUGCACACUUACUCAUCAAUCAGAACCCCAUGGAUUCGAAUAAGUAUAAAAGCUUUUGUUUUAAAUGAUAUAUGCAGAUAAUAAUUUAACUGUUGCUGAGACGUUAAGGAUUUUGUUUUUUGAAAUGCAAGUGAAGGAGAAUGUAGUUAGUUUCCAAGGAUUCAAAAUUGUAUUAUAUCUUUGUGUUAUAUUGUGUUUAAUAUUGAUUUAUGUGAAAUAUUUUAAGAGAAGUCGUUAUCAUAUCAUAACUUCGCAAUUACCAACAGCAAGAGGUUUCCCGUUUUUGGGAAUCGCAUAUAAAUUAAUUCCAAUGAAAAAGUUUCUAUACAUUCUGGAAUCAUACUUCAUAAAGUUUAAGAGUUGGAAUUAUUUCGCCUGGAUUGGGCCUCAACCGUUUCUUGUUACCGUGGAUCUAGAUAUGAUAAAAGAAAUACUCACUUCAAAUAGAUUUCUAGAUAAAUCUACAACGAUGUAUUCAGCCAUCGAUAAUGCAAUUCCAAAGGGACUUAUCACUAGCCCAGGCGAGAAAUGGAAGCACAAUCGAAAGCUCAUGAACUCAACAUUCACCCAUAAAACCAUCAUUAAAUUUAUACCAAUCUUCAAGGAUGGUGCUCAGGCCUUGGUGGAGAGGCUGAAUGAUAAUGUCGGAAAUGGAGAAUGUGAAGUAUUCGAAAUAAUAAAGCGAACCUUUUUAGAUAUGGCUAUGGAAACUACAAUGGGGGUUGGCCUUUAUAAGGGAAACGAUAAUCAUAACGAAAUGAUUCGCGGAUUUAAUUACAUGUUGAAACAAGUCGCUAAUGGAGCUAUAUUUAGCACAUUAAAGGUCGGAUUUUUAACUUACACACCCAGAUAUUAUAAAACGAAGCAACUUAUAAAGGACUAUAUAGAAACGUUAAUUGAAGAUAAGCGAAAAGCAAAUGAUGGGACUAUUGACAGCAAAAAUGUGAACGUAAAGUCGGAGGAGGUAGAUAUAAGAAAGGAUGCUGAUAUUUUUAUAAAUCGUGCCCUCAACUUUCAAGAUCAAAGCUUAUUUCAACAUGCCGACGUAUUAAAUGAAACCCAAACUGUUAUUGCUGGGUCAUUCGAUACCGUUUCAACACAAAUUUACUCAAUUCUUAUAAUGCUUGCCAUGCAUCCAAACAUUCAACAGAAACUCUUUGAAGAAACGGAAGAAAUAAUUUCUGUCGAAAAUAUGUCUAUUGAAUACGAACAACUCAAACAAUUUUCUUACAUGGACCUGGUAAUUAAAGAAACCCUUCGACUUAUGCCAUCAAUACCCAUUAUAGGUCGGGAAGCUGUAAAGGAUGUUACAUUUAACGGUAUCAAUGUUCCCAAAGGCAUGCAAGUAAUGAUACCAAUUUUCAUACUGCAUAGGCGCACAGAUUUAUGGGGUCCUUUGGCGCAUUCAUUUAACCCAGACAAUUUUCUACCAGAAAACAAUUGCAAACGUCACCCUUGUGCAUAUAUUCCAUUCUCUAAAGGUUCACGAAACUGUAUUGGUUGGCAUUAUGCUGAAGUGGUUUUGCGUGUUAUGCUUUUAAGUUUGAUCCGUAAUUUCAAAUUCACUACAUCAUUCCGGUAUGAAGAUCUUAUUUUUUCUGAUCAUAUUAGUUUGAGGUAUGUUGAAGAACCCAAACUACAGAUAUGCCGAAGAAAUGAAUUUUUGGAAAGAAUUAAUUGAAAAUAAGCGUAGAAGCGAGCAUUUUCUUUUUAUUUAAAUGGAAUUUAAAAUUAUGUAUUUUUGUCUGCAGGAGCCUUUCUGUAUUUGAGAAUAUUAUAUUUAAAGUACAUAAGAAACUAACAAUAUUUUAAAAAUAAAAAUAAUUCAUAAUCAGACUAUCUAAAUUUUUUUUAGCGACGUUCACAAUGUCCAUCAGUAAUUUGAUUCUCUCGCAAGUUUGUGACAAGCAGUGCUUCUCCUCGACACAGAAAACUCAAUAAAGUUAAUUUUGAUUAUAGGUAAAUAUUAUAUAACGCUUCGUAUUCAUUGCAUAAUCAUAGAAUUUUCUCAUCGUUUACGAUUGUGAUUGGAACUAAAUAGAAAACACAGUUUUUAGUCUAUCGAUUGUAAUUUUUUUAUUGUCAACAAAUGACUUUCAUUAUCAGUUUAUUUUGCAACACACCAGUAGUGUUUUAUGUGUAACAGUCAUGGUGGUUACAAAAAAAAUUAAUAAAAGUAACAAUUAAAGAAAAAAGCUGAAAUUUGGGAUAAACUAGAAAGUGGUGUAUCGACAAAAGCUCUUUGUAUUGAUUAUAAAGUUCAAAGUCGACGAUAACGAGAAUAAAGAAGAAAAAUAAAUAAAUAUGUCAUAAAUAUGGAAGCUGAUCUUUCUGCAGAACAUAUUUAUAAUGCCGACGAGUCCGGAUUGUUUUUCAGGCAGAUACCAAAUAAAACGUUGGUGAGCUUCAAGGAAUCAUCUGCUCGGAAUCUGGUCGGAAAGUUAGUAAUGAGAGAAUAACAUUUCUCGCAUACACAAAUGCUUCGGGUACACACAAAGUUAAGCUCUUUGUCAUUGGAAAAGCAAAAAAAAACCCAGAGCUUAAAUGCUAACACAACACCCUGAUUACUAUGAAAGUAGCAAUAAAAAGUGUUACACAACACCUUAAGAUUUUCUAGAGUUGAGUAUAUGUAUGUAAACAAAGCAAAGGUUUAUAUACUGAGACCAAAAUACCGAAAUUGGUGACUUCGACGUCGACUUUCGCGGUCCCCUUGAGCAACGGUGGAAUUACAACAAGUGUCCCCUUACCAAUAACCUUUAGUCCUCUGUCAGCGUUGUGCAUUACUAGUUUAAACUUUUUGUAACUAUUAUUUCGCUAUUUUCUAUAUUUGUUAAUUAAAUAUUAACCGAAGUAUUUGCCGACGAAGAUAAACUACUCAUUCCAAAAGUUUCCAUAUUCCUGAAAAAUAAUUCCAAUCCUUCGAUAAUACGAGUUCCUACUUAGCUUCAAACAACCAACCAAUUGGAAUCAAAAGUUCCGUAAUCAGAACGUCACAAAGUGGAUAAAUGGCACACGCAUAGCAGCUGACGAUGAGGGCAGCAUAUUCAAUUCAUAAACCAACAAGCCCUAUCAACGUUUAAAGACUUUAUUCAUAGCUUAGUAUUCAGAGUCGAGAGAAACGUGUGGAUAGUAGAAGCCUCGACGACAGAACUUACUCCCAAUGUUUUCGACACAUGGGAAGUAGGCGUGAUUGUAGUCUCAUUUCGCCCAUUUUCACACAGUCCUAUUAAAAUAAUGUCUCGAAUUUGAUUGAAACC